AUGGACAACGCGUCGUAUCAUUCCGUGAAGAAGCACACGUUUCCGGUAAGAUCUUGGAAAAAACAAGACAUCAUUGAUUGGUUAACAGAUAAAGGCGAGGUAACAGAUCAAACAAAGGUCAAGGAACAACUGUUGGAACGGGUGCAAAUUUUAAAACCACAGUUUAACGAAUAUGUAAUAGACGAAUUGGCGAAAUCUGCAGAUAAAACAGUAUUUCGGUUACCCCCGUAUCACUGUGAAUUAAAUCCUAUAGAACUGGCAUGGGCAUCAGUGAAAAAUUACGUAAAAAUGAACAACAGCACUUUUAAAAUGAAUGACGUUAAGAAAUUAUUAGAAGAAGGAGUCGAACGGGUUACGCCAGAUAUGUGGAAGAACUAUGUUGACCAUAUCAUUAAGGUAGAAGAAAAAUUCUGA